AUGGAAACUGUUCAAAUAGCUGAUCUAGAACCCCUCUGCUUUGAUCAAGAGGACAGUCGGUCAGAUCCCACAAAAAGCCUCCCAUGGGCUUCAAACUACCAACACAUCAAUAAAAAGUCACUUUCCAACGAGCAUCGUUGCGAGUCGGGGAAUUGGAAGACUGCCUGCGCGGAUUCAGGACCAUGGCCAACUGCCCCGGGAGACGGGCAGCCCGGCGCAAUCAGCCAGCGGGGAGCAGAAGCUGAGAGAACCGUAUGUUGCCUAGAGGAAUUGGAGACAUCUUUCACACGCAAAUACGAGGAUGUCAAUUUACAACAGGAGGAGACCAGUCCGCAGCGGUUAGCGAGGAUCAACAACGGAAGCCUGAGUCACAGCUCCUUCAGCGAACUUCACGACGGUGUCCCUGAACUGUCCAUGUUGUCAGACAAUGAGUUUACAUCCGAUGCCUUGGGGAAAUCAGCGGAUUACGGUUUCAUAAGUGCUGUCACUUGCCUGGUGACUGGCAUCUCGUUAGUAGCCAUCUCCUACACUGUUCCCCGGGAAGUUAAAGUGAACCCGGACAGUGUGUCGGCCCGGGAGAUGGAGAGACUGGAGAGGGAGAACGCCCUGGUAGGGGUUCACCUGGACCGGUGGGUUAUAGCAGGGCUGUGCCUGCUCACCCUCGGGGGUGUGGUCCUCUCCACCCUGCUCAUGGUGUCUAUGUGGAAAGGGGAGAUGUUGAGGAGAAGGGCCUUCACCUACUCCAAGCAGUCUGCACAAUUAUAUGGCUCUAUCAAUUUAAGAGGGGGCUCAAACCCACCUAAUGUUCCCUCCCAAUUGUCUGUGGAAGAUUUGGAAGAGGUCCUAAAUUGA